CGUUCUGUAGGGAAACGGAAAGCUAUCACAGCAGCGCGGCCUUCGGGAGACAGGCGCGGGCUGAGCACCAGCUGGUCCCAGCACCCGCGGGUGUGGCGCAGACCCGAGCGCAGCCAACCGACCCCGGGAUAAGGGCUCGGAGACCCCAGCAGACGAGCCUGGCGAGCCCCAAGAAGAGCCCUGGGACCUGGGCAUGGGGGUCCUGAGACCCGGGAGGAGACGACGACUUGGAGACCCCGGCAAGAGGGCGCACGCUGCGGGAGAGGACGCACCUCAGGCCGCAGGUCCCGAGGCUCGGCGAGUUCCGAGGGCGGGGGGCGGGCGGCGCGGCGCCCUGCGGAGUGCGCGCCCGGGUCCGCGCCCCGCCCCGCCCGGCUCGGCGCUCGGCCUCCGAUUGCUCGGGCCUGGCCGCCAGACCCGGGCCGACGGUCGAGUGCGUCGCUCUGCGUCCCCGGCAGCGCCGGCCUCGCGCAACCUCUCGCGGCGCUCGUCCCGGCUCGCGGCGGCUCCCGCGUCCCGCCCGCUUCCGCAGAGGCCUGGCCCGAUGGCGCCUCAGCGGAGGGGCGCGCCCAAGGCUCCCGAGGGCAGCGGGCCGGCCGAGCGCCGGCGCCCGAGCAGCACCAAGAGUGUCCGGGCCCCGCGGGAGGUGCCGAGGAAGUGGCUGAGAACCGCCAUCCCGGGGGCCUGCGCCGUGCUUGCUGGGCUGCUGCUCUGGGGCAGUCUGAGGGGUGAUGGUGGCGUCACUGAGGUCCUGGCUCACCGUGGCGAGAUGCUACCAGGCAGGUUCAUCGAGGUGCCCUGCUCAGAGGACUAUGACAGUCACCGAAGGUUUGAAGGCUGCUCGCCCAGGAAGUGUGGCCGGGGCAUCACUGACACUGUCAUCACCAGGGACGAAGCCCAGCGGAUUCGCAGCAUAGCCGAGAAGGGGCUGUCCCUGGGAGGAUCUGACGGAGGGGCAUCCGUCUUGGACUUGCACUCGGGGGCCCUGUCUGUCGGGAAGCGCUUUGUGAAUCUGUACAGAUACUUUGGAGAUAAAAUACAAACCGUCUUCUCAGAAGAGGACUUCCAGUUGUACAGGGACGUGCGGCAGAGGGUCCAGCUCACGAUCGCCCAGGCUUUUGGCAUCAGUGUGUCUUCGCUCUACCUGACAAAGCCCACGUUCUUCUCCCGCAUCAACAGCACCCAAGCCCGGACGGCUCACGAUGAGUAUUGGCACGCACACGUGGACAAGGUGACCUACGGCUCCUUCGAUUACACCUCACUGCUCUACCUCUCCGACUACCUGGACGACUUCGGCGGGGGCCGAUUCGUGUUCAUGGAGGAGGGGGCCAACAAGACGGUGGAGCCGAGAGCAGGUCGGGUGUCCUUCUUCACCUCGGGGUCCGAGAACCUGCACCGCGUAGAGAAGGUCCACUGGGGCACCCGUUACGCCGUCACCAUCGCCUUCACCUGCAACCCGGACCACGGCAUCGCAGACCCCGUGUUCACGUAGCCCCGGCCUCGGCACCCUCCCCGGGAGCAGCCACGCCGGACAGAUGCCCCCUGCCGCCAGUUCGGCCCAUUUCCAUUGAACAAGGUGCCUUAUGAAUCACCCGGAGGUUGAUUUGCUGCUGUACUAAUCGUUUCUCGUCUGUAAGUAAAUUAGGGGAAGCGGCUCUUCACCCCCAAGCA